AUGGGAGCCGCACCGGGUGGAAGCUCAUUUUUGCGCCUCUUCAUGCCGAAGAAAUUUGCUUUUCACUUCUUCUUUUGGGGGUUCCACUGGGCAUUAUUUGCGAUAGGAUGGUGGAAACAAGCUGGGGACGCUCGUUUAGCACCGCUGAACGGUCUUCAGUAUUCGGUAUGGAUCUCUCGAGGUGCUGGUCUGGUUCUGAGUGUCGACACAAUGGUCAUCGUCAUGCCUAUGUGCCGGAACAUUCUUCGUUGGCUUCGACCCAAGGCUAGAUGGCUACCGCUCGAUGAGUCGCAAUGGUUCCAUCGACAAGUCGCUUACGCUAUGCUGUUUUUCACUGUCCUGCACACAGCAGCGCAUUACGUCAACUUCUUCAACGUCGAACGAGUACAAGUGCGACCUCAGAUCGCGCUCCAGAUCCACUACACCGAGGCAGGUGGAAUAACUGGACACUUCAUGCUCCUCUGCAUGCUUUUGAUUUACACCACCGCCCACCACAGAAUUCGACAGCAGUCGUUUGAGACUUUCUGGUACACCCACCACCUUUUCAUCCCAUUCUUACUCGGCAUGUACACACACGCAACAAGUUGUUUCGUCCGAGACACAGUCCCUGCCUACUCUCCAUUCGACAAGGACAACUUCUGGACUCACUGUAUCGGUUACGAGGGCUGGCGAUGGGAGCUCGUCGGAGGCGGGCUGUAUCUUUUUGACCGUCUAUACCGCGAGAUCCGCUGCAGACGGCAGACUGAGAUCGUCAAAGUCGUUCGCCACCCCUACGAUGCUGUUGAGAUUCAGUUCACCAAGCCUAGUAUGAAGUACAAGCCUGGUCAAUGGCUGUUCCUCAAUUGCCCCGAAGUCAGCUACCACCAGUGGCACCCCUUCACCAUCACUUCUUGCCCUCACGACCCCUACGUCUCCGUCCAUGUCCGCCAGGUGGGCGACUUCACCCGCGCUCUCGCCGAUGCCCUAGGCGCCGGACAGUCCCAGAGCAAGCUUUACGACGAGCUCGACCCCAUGGGUAUGUACGAAAUUGCGCUACAGCACGGCCAAAAGAUGCCCGCCCUACGCAUCGACGGUCCCUACGGCGCCCCCGCCGAAGACGUCUUCGAGAACGAAGUCGCCGUCCUGAUCGGCACAGGUAUCGGCGUGACACCGUGGGCUUCGAUCCUCAAAUCCAUCUACCACCUGCGGCUGUCUCCAAACCCGCCCAAGCGCCUGCGCCGUGUGGAGUUCAUCUGGGUCUGCAAAGACACUUCGUCGUUCGAAUGGUUUCAGAAUCUUCUUUCGUCUCUUGAAGCGCAGUCCCUGGGCGCAAGUGACGGCGAUCAGUUCCUGCGCAUCCACACCUAUCUGACGCAGAAAAUGGACGCGAACACCGCGCAGAAUAUCGUACUUAACUCUGUCGGUACCGACAAAGAUCCGCUCACUGAGCUCAAGAGCAGGACGAACUUCGGCCGUCCGGAUUUUCCUCGCUUGCUGUGUGGUAUGCGCGAUGGGUUGUUGGAUCGCACGUAUAUGAAUGGGUUGGAGAGUACGCUGAGGACGGAUGUGGGUGUGUACUUUUGUGGGCCGAAUGUGGCGGCGAGGGAUAUUAAGAAGGCGUGUAAGGAGGCGACGUGUCAGGAGGUUAAUUUCAAGUUCUGGAAGGAACACUUCUAG